GGAGGCUGGUUGCACAGAGACAGGCAUCGCGGACUCGCGUCCGGUAAUCCUCCCGACGCUGGCCGUCCGUGCCUCCGGCAGUUCGGAGCCGGCAUGGCCACAGUGGCUGCGGUGGCCCGCGGGGCGAGGGCGGCGGCGGCGGGGCUGCGGAGCAGCGGCGGAGCUGCAGCUCGGGGACGGCCGCGCACGGGCUGUGCUCGGCGCCUGUGCACCGCCCCGGCCGCCGUGGACAUGAAACGCUACCUGUGGGCGCGCUACCACGAGGCGAAGAGGAGCACGGACGAAUUGGUUCCUUCCAUCAUGAACAACUUGCUGAACCCAGAUGCCAUUUUCUCCAACAAUGAGAUGAGCCUCUCGGACAUCGAGAUUUACGGCUUUGAUUAUGAUUACACCCUGGUGUUCUACUCCAAGCACCUCCACACGCUCAUCUUCAACGCCGCACGGGACCUGCUCAUCAAUGAACACAGGUACCCCGCGGAGAUCAGGAAGUACGAGUAUGACCCAAACUUCGCCAUCCGUGGGCUCCAUUAUGAUGUCCAGCGGGCAGUGUUGAUGAAGAUCGAUGCUUUUCAUUACAUCCAGAUGGGAACCGUCUACAGAGGCCUCAGUGUUGUCCCUGAUGAGGAAGUCAUAGACAUGUAUGAGGGAUCCCAUGUGCCCUUGGAGCAGAUGAGUGACUUUUACGGAAAGAGUUCUCACGGGAACACCAUGAAGCAGUUCAUGGAUAUCUUCUCACUGCCCGAGAUGACCCUGCUGUCGUGUGUGAAUGAGCACUUCCUGAAGAACAACAUUGACUACGAGCCCGUGCACCUGUACAAAGAUGUCAAGGACUCCAUACGGGAUGUCCACAUCAAGGGAAUCAUGUACCGGGCCAUUGAAGCGGACAUUGAGAAGUACAUCUGUUACGCUGAGCAGACCCGUGCGGUGCUGGCUAAGCUGGCUGACCAUGGCAAGAAGAUGUUCCUCAUCACCAACAGCCCCAGCAGCUUCGUAGACAAAGGGAUGCGGUACAUCGUGGGGAAGGACUGGCGGGACCUCUUCGAUGUGGUCAUAGUUCAGGCCGAGAAACCCAACUUCUUCAACGAUAAGAGGAGACCUUUCCGGAAGGUGAAUGAGAAAGGUGUCUUACUCUGGGAUAAAAUCCAUAAACUCCAGAAAGGCCAGAUCUACAAGCAGGGCAAUUUGUAUGAGUUUUUGAAGCUCACUGGAUGGAGAGGAUCCAAAGUGCUGUAUUUUGGUGACCACAUAUACAGUGACCUGGCGGAUCUGACCCUGAAGCAUGGCUGGCGCACUGGAGCCAUCAUCCCCGAGCUGCGGUCUGAGCUCAAAAUCAUGAACACGGAGCAGUACAUUCAGACCAUGACCUGGCUACAGACCUUGACGGGGCUCCUGGAGCAGAUGCAGGUCUACAGAGACGCUGACUCCCAGCUGGUUCUGCAGGAGUGGAAGAAGGAGAGGAAGGAGAUGAGAGAAAUGACCAAAAAUUUCUUCAACGCCCAGUUCGGGAGCUUGUUCCGCACAGACCAGAACCCGACCUACUUCCUGAGGCGUCUGUCGAGGUUCGCUGACAUCUACAUGGCGUCCUUGAGCUGUCUCCUGAACUAUGAUGUCCACCACACAUUCUACCCCAGGAGGACUCCGCUGCAGCAUGAGCUCCCCGCAUGGUCGGACAGCCCCUCUGCCUUCAAAGCCCCCCUUCUGCAGGAGGCUCAGGCCAAGUAAUCCUGUGUCUGCCGGCGGAAAAAGCCAGGAGCAGCCACAGCCUCAGCGGCCUCACAAAGGGCCCAGUGGGCCUGAGAGCUGCUUUUCCAAAGAGUCAGACAACACCUUUUGUAUUUUUCUACCUUACCACGAAUACUGUCCUGUCCAGGUAGAGACAGGAGCUGGCUGCCUGGUUCUGCCCUCUUCCGCACAGCAUUGAAACACGGAUGUAGCCUUGUUUACUGUGGAACCACCGCCAAGCGUUUUGAGACAAGGGAGCCCUCUUGAUGCUGUCUGUGUGCAGCAGGUCAAGAGAGGGCAUGCCGUGGUUCUGAGACAUUUCUUGGUUGUUUACGAGCAGAGCCCUGGGGACUGCGAGGACAUGGUGACACCUGCCGCCAGGUCCCCGGUCUUCUGACCCUGGGCUUUUGCAGACUUUUACACAUACUGCUCCAGGAGACUAGAGCCUCCCACAAUGACUUUGUUGAGGAAGAACAAGAAGCAUUUGUCCUCAGUGUGAAUCUGCUUUGUCCGCCCCGAGCUGGCAAAGGGGUGAUGGCCAGAUUUCCUCCUCCCCAGGGGUGGGUGAGGGGAUGGCAGCUCUAGUUAAAACUGCCUUUCAGCUGGCGGGUCGGACUUCGCAGAAGACGACAAGAAGCAAAGCCGUGGGGCUCAGUAUGUGGCCAGUGCAAGCCUGUGUGCUAGGGCACUUGGGACAGGCAGCUCGCUGGUGGAAUUUCAAGUUCAUGCUGAGAGCCAAGCUCACAAGGGGCAUCUCUUCCUCCCUCCGUGCUCUGGGGGAAGGAAUCCUUUAUUACAUCUGCUUUCCAGUGUCUUUGAACAUAUUUGAUGCUUUGAGAGCCACAGGAAUGGCUGCUGUUGGGGGAGAUGACACACAGUCCUGUGCUUGUGGCUUGAUUAGCCUCGUCUCCUGUCACCCGGCUCAUUGAAAGCUUCUGUGCUGAUGUUCCUGCGGCCGCCAUAGCUGCUCUUCCCUCUCCUCCUCACCCCCUCCAUCCUCACUCCCUCCAGUUAGGGUUUUGCAAUGGAGCCCAGGCUGGCCUUGGACUCAAUCCUCCUGCCUCAGUCUCCUGAGUGUUGGAUUACAGGCGUGCAACUGUGGUGUGACACAUGUUAAAUCUCAAGAAGGGCACGAAUGAAGGAGGCUCGUGGCGAGUGCUCGCUAUUCAUCACCUUUACUACAGUAAACAGAUCGUAACUGUCUGCUGAUAGACUGCUCCCUGGCCUUUCGUAGGCCCUGCCCCAAUACAGAAGCUGAAUGGGCUGUCCAGCAUCCACUGGGAUGCAAUGUAUUACCAUGGGGAUCUUAGCUGUUUGUUGUGUUGAACACCAUGGCAGAGGUGACCCUCCAGGCCCCCUCCUCCUGUGUUGUGUUCUAAACACUGGGGUUGAGCAUUCUGAUCUUUUUAAAGCUAGUAUAGGCAUUUUUCUGUUUACGUGUUCCCCGGCGUUAGCCGCCGGGGGGGUUUUGGCAGCUGGCAUCUAAUGCCAGCAGGUGACACCCAGCACUGUCAGGAUCUCAAAAGGAUGCGCGCUGCUCGGGAUGCCCCAGGGGCGUCCUUUUGAGAUCCUGACAGUGCUGAGCAGUGCUGGCCUUAGAUGCCAGCUGCCCAAACCCCCAGCGGCUAACACAGGGGAACAAGAGAAGAGAAGAACGCCCACCCUACCCACUGGCCUGCGCCUUCCCUUCUCAGAUGCUACUCCAGGCAGACCCCCACGCAACAGCUUCCUGCAUGAAGCAUGUCUCCUUUCUCCUCCCACAGCGCUCCUGUGUCUCCUGUUACGAGCUUGGGCUCCAAUGUAGUUCUUGUGUAGAGGAAUGAUAGAUUGUGCCCGUGUGCUAUCAGGCACGAUAAACGCGACAUAGGUUUACUAUUUAUUUGGAAUGUGAGUUUGCUAUUUAUUCUACAUGUUGAUUGUAUAUGUUGUGAUAAUGAACUCACAGCCAAAUAAAAGCUUGAGUUGUGUCUCCUGGUUUGUUGGUACACCGCCAGCUGUGCACUUAAGUCAGCUGCAAAACAUGGUUUGCCCCAGGAGUU